CAUCACGCUGCACAUCGUAGACGAGGACAGCUACGAGAAGGACAUGCUCUUCUACGUGCAGCUGGGCGAACCGCGAAUGCUAGGCGACGAAGCAGGCCUGGCCGCCGAGGCGGAGCUCAAGAAGCCGGAGGACCUCACGCCCGAGGAGAAGGUGGCGCUGCUCGGCCGCCCCAAGCUCGGCGAGGUCACCCGCACCCUCAUACGCAUCAAGGAGAGCAAGGAGUUCAAGAACACGGUCGACAAACUGGUGCAGAGGGCAAACGCUUCUUUGUUAAUCGGCACGUCCUCCUGGAAAGAACAAUUCAUCGAGGCAAUCACGGUCAGCCCGGGGGAUGAUGGUGGAGGAGGUGAAGGAGAUGAAGAUGAUGAAAAACUGCCAUCAUGUGGAGAUUACAUUAUGCACUUCCUCACUCUCUUCUGGAAGCUAUUAUUCGCCUUUGUUCCACCAACAGAUCUGUUAGAUGGUUAUUUGUGUUUCGUUGUGUCAAUAUUUGGUGUCGGAUGCCUGACGGCCAUCAUUGGUGAUGUGGCAUCGCACUUUGGGUGCACAGUUGGGCUGCAUGAUGCCGUAACAGCAAUAGCCUUCGUAGCACUGGGUACAAGUGUGCCAGACACAUUUGCAAGCAAAGUGGCAGCUUGUCAAGACAAAUAUGCUGAUGCAUCAGUGGGGAAUGUCACAGGAAGUAAUGCUGUGAAUGUUUUCCUUGGCAUUGGAAUUGCUUGGUCAAUUGCUGCAAUCUACCAUUGGUCCAAGGGGGAACAGUUUAAUGUUAACCCAGGAAAUAUGGCUUUUUCUGUGACAAUAUUCUGCACAGAAGCUGCUGUUGCAAUAAUGAUCUUAGUUUUGAGGAGAUCCAAAAUGGUUGGAGGUGAACUCGGUGGUCCAAAAUGCAUAAAAUGGACAACAACAUGUGUACUUCUGUCCCUCUGGCUCAUAUACCUAAUACUGUCCAGCUUGGAAGUUUACGAUGUGAUUAAAGGAUUCUAAAUGUGGAUAAGUGUUCGCUCUGGGAGCUCAGAUGGGAAUUCCUGGAGGAAAGAAGAGAUUCAUUUUGUAGAACACUACUGGAAAGUUUAGAGAACCAGCAUUUGAAGUUGACUGUGGAGCAAUCCUACUGCCGCCCACAUACAUUUCAUGCAGGGACCAUGAAGACAAAACACAAGAAAUUAAAGCUUAUGUGGAGGCAUAUAGACAGUCAUUUUUUCCUUGCUCUAUUUGUGAGUGGAACAGGAAAGUAAAUGACUAGUUGUAGUAAGGGGUACGCUCUGCCACAUACUUUAAGGUGGCUUGCAGAAUAUAUAUGUAGAUUUUUUUAGAUGUAGAUAUCUAUGUAAUGGUUAAUGGUGCAGUAUAAAGCAUAUUUGGUUACUCAUAUGUACAUUGGUGGAAACUGUAUGUAUUGCAAAGGUGUAAAAUUUUUGUAAUGCUUUAUGUAAUG